UCUUUAUAUGGGGGGAAGGGUCGGGGGAUCCCUCGCCACCAGCGCGUGGUCCCGGCCCCCUCCACCCGCCGUCUCGGCCGCGGCCAGCAGCCCCUGCCCCCCGGGGGACGCUGACGGCCGCCGGGCGCGCCGCCCUAGCGUACGGACAGGGGGCGCUCCGCGCGGCCUGGGGCAACCCGGGCCACAGGGGCAGGAAAGUGAGGGCCCAGGUCGGCCCGGGCGUGCAGGGGCCCCGGGUUCGCAGCGGCAGCGGCGGCAGCGAUAGAGGCACUAAACAGCAGCGGGAGCGCCGGGUUGAGCCGGGAAGCCGAUGGCGGCGGCGGCGGCUCCGAUUCCUCGCUGACUGCCCGUCCGCCCUCCUACUUUGAGCGCCAUGUUACCGAGCCAAGCUGGGGCCGCGGCGGCGCUGGGCCGGGGCUCGGCCCUGGGGGGCAGCCUGAACCGGACCCCGACGGGGCGGCCAGGCGGUGGAGGCGGCGGCGGGACUCGCGGGGCUAACGGGGGCCGGGUCCCCGGGAACGGCGCGGGGCUCGGCCCGGGCCGCCUUGAGCGGGAGGCUGCAGCAGCAGCGACAACCACCCCGGCGCCCACCGCGGGGGCCCUCUACAGCGGCAGCGAGGGUGACUCGGAGUCUGGCGAGGAGGAGGAGCUGGGCGCGGAGCGGCGCGGCCUGAAGCGGAGCCUGAGCGAGAUGGAGCUCGGCGUGGUGGUCGGUGGGCCCGAGGCGGCGGCGGCGGCCACCGGGGGCUACGGGCCGGUGAGCGGCGCAGUGAGCGGGGCCAAGCCGGGUAAGAAGACUCGGGGCCGCGUGAAGAUCAAGAUGGAGUUCAUCGACAACAAGCUGCGGCGCUACACGACCUUCAGCAAGAGGAAGACGGGCAUCAUGAAGAAGAAACCAAGGCUGCUUCCAGUGGGUUGUGGAACUUUGUUGGGAGUGAGGAUGCUACCUAUGGGGCCAUCCUUGAAGGCCUAUGAGCUGUCCACGCUGACAGGGACACAGGUGCUGUUGCUGGUGGCCAGUGAGACAGGCCAUGUGUAUACCUUUGCCACCCGCAAACUGCAGCCCAUGAUCACCAGUGAGACUGGCAAGGCACUGAUUCAGACCUGCCUCAACUCGCCAGACUCUCCACCCCGCUCAGACCCCACCACAGACCAGAGAAUGAGUGCCACGGGCUUUGAAGAAACGGAUCUCACAUACCAGGUGUCGGAGUCCGACAGCAGUGGGGAGACCAAGGAUACACUGAAACCGGCCUUUACUGUCACCAACCUGCCGGGUACCACCUCCACCAUCCAGACAGCACCCAGCACCUCUACCACCAUGCAAGUCAGCAGCGGCCCCUCCUUUCCCAUCACCAACUACCUGGCACCAGUGUCUGCUAGCGUCAGCCCCAGCGCUGUCAGCAGUGCCAACGGGACUGUGCUGAAGAGUACAGGCAGCGGUCCUGUUUCCUCCGGGGGCCUCAUGCAGCUGCCUACCAGCUUCACCCUGAUGCCUGGUGGGGCAGUGGCCCAGCAGGUCCCAGUGCAGGCCAUUCAGGUGCACCAGGCCCCACAGCAAGCGUCUCCCUCUCGCGACAGCAGCACAGACCUCACGCAGACCUCCUCCAGCGGGACAGUGACGUUGCCCGCCACCAUCAUGACGUCAUCUGUGCCCACAACUGUGGGAGGCCACAUGAUGUACCCCAGCCCCCAUGCGGUGAUGUAUGCACCCACCUCGGGCCUGGCUGAUGGCAGCCUCACCGUGCUCAAUGCCUUCUCCCAGGCACCAUCCACCAUGCAGGUGUCCCACAGCCAGGUCCAGGAGCAAGGUGGUGUCCCCCAGGUGUUCCUGACAGCGCCAUCUGGGACAGUGCAGAUCCCUGUUUCUGCAGUUCAGCUUCACCAGAUGGCUGUGAUAGGGCAGCAGGCCGGGAGCAGCAGCAACCUCACCGAAUUACAGGUGGUGAACCUGGAUGCCGCCCACAGCACCAAGAGUGACUGAUCCGCCCUGCCGCCCUGGACAGAUGGCCCAAGGGACGGCACCACUUAUUUAUUGUUGCCUUUUCACGUUUUCUUUACACACAUGUUGACGGGCCGCAGGAGGGAGGCGGGGAGGAGCAGUGGGCAGCCACGGGACUGAGCCCUCUCACUCCAGCCAAAGAAAUGGGCCAGCCUGCCCUCCACCCCACCCUCCCUCACCCUCCCCUCCUUCUAGCUCCACCUCCCAUCUCUGUUGAUGGUGGGGCUGUCCUGCCUCCUCAGACUCCCCUUGCCAGCUUGGCUCCGUGUUUGCCAUGAGUAUUAGCUUACCCAAUGGGACCGUGCUCCCCCUCCCACACACAGGUCUCUGUGGGACGAGGCACUGUGUCCCCCUGAGGAAGCAGUCGGGGUCCUCUCUCCAGCCUCCUUGCUGACUCCAUGUCAGCUCUGCGUCUGCCACAGGCUGGGUCAAAAGAGCCCUAACCCUGCUCCUCAGGGAGCCAGCUGGGGAGAUGGGGCUUCCUCCCUCAAGACUUGCCCGUGCCCAUGGCCCCUGCAGCUCCUGAGUAGCGGGGCCUGUGCACAGAGCAGAUUCCUGGGGUGACCUGCCCUGCCCUGUCGCUCCCCUCGGAACUCCGGGGGCUACUGGGUUGGAGGGAACCACCGGUGUUCCCUCUCCCCCUGUCUUCCCCCCCUCCUCCCAGCUGCUUUACUUAAAGUUGAUUCUGAACUUUUUAUUUGAGGAGACGAAGUGAAAACAAAUCUAUAAAUAUAUAUUUUUAAAAUA